UGAGAUUUGAGAUCAACGAAAGCUAGGGUUUUUCUUUGAGAUCGAAAAUGGCGCUCGUGAGGAGGUUACAGACAGUUCGUUCCUUGCUGAGAACAGCUGGAUCAACAGAAUCUCCUUCACUUCCUUUUCGGAGUGGAAAUGAGUUGGCUUGGACUCAAGCUGGUGAUAGUCUCAGAUUGGGGCGUUGGAGGAGCUAUCAUUCUUCACUUUGUCACGUUCCUGACACUCAUGGAAAGAGUGUGUAUUCACGCUUAUAUGAGAGCCACAACGCUGCCAGCACACAUUUGCUUCGAUCUACAAUGAUUGCAGAGUCUUUUCCCUUUAGCAGUGACAAAAGGUUUGCUACAACGCAAGUCAAGGCUCCACCUCAGCUACAGAAAACGGGAGCUGUUAGAGUGUCAAUGGUAAGCCCUGGAUUUGUUUACGAGCCCUAUACACUCCAUGAGAAAAUCCCGUUGUGGCGGAGAUGUCUCACAAGAGGCGGUUGGAAAAGAACGAAAGAGGACUUCGUACGGGAGCUAAGAAGUGCCUACGCUAUCGCAAAGUUAAGAAAAACUGGGUACUCAAAGAAUAAGUUCUACGUAGAAGCGGUAGAGUUAUACAAAGAGGUAUGUACUUCUAUACUUGGUUGUUGCUCUUGUAGUGAAACUUUUUUUACAAAUCAUCUUGAGGUUCUUCUAGCCAACACAUGUUUUCUUCAGAUUAACAUUAUGAUGGCCAAUGGUGACAAGAAGACAAUAAGGAAAAACGUAACUGAAAGGAUGUAUUCUGCAUUGAAGAAUGAAAUUAAACAAAGAGAAGCCAGGUGGAGUAGUGUUUACUGGGAAAUGGUUGAGCCGGUCAUCAAAAUCAAAACUUUACAAGCUCGACUGAUUGGCAUCGACAGGACGGACCUUAACAAAGCAUUCAUACAACUGACACUUGAGUUUCUGACAAAGCAGAAAUUUGAAGCAUACGAUGCAAAAGGCAAUGUAGUAGCUGGAGACAAGAAGAAAGAGGUGCUUGUACGUGACAUCUGGGUCUUUGAGAAGUCUCUAUUCCACACAGGAGCUUGCUGGCGUCUCUGUGGCCGGAUUGAAUUUCCCACAAAGGAUAAGAUCCAACCCGCCCUGUGAUUUUUUGUGCCAAGUCAGAAUUGUCUACACAACUGGCGUUCUUCUAUUUUCUGUUGCAACUAAAGGGUGAAUGUUAUCUGAUUAGGCCCUAGAGAAAUCCGCUUUGCGAGAACCAUUAAUAAUUGCAAAGACAUCAGAAAGAAGAAUUUGCCUUGUAGAAACCUCGUUGGAAUUCAUUUUAUUUUGUAGUUCCAUUUAGCAGAGAAUGGUUUUGUUGCUUCUGUCGUUUACUUUGAUAUCUUCUACUUUAAGAGUUAUUGGGUGGAUUGUUUAUGAUCAGGAAACUAGUGUAACAUACUCUCGUAAGGAGUAAAAAGCUAGGUCCUUUAAAUGAUAAAAGGUGUGUGCUGUGUUGU